AUGGUGGGACGAUCCCUCUCUCUGAAGCCGUCCAAGACUGCAAGCAACCUCGAGCUGGAGACCCAAUCUUACUAUGGUAUCCGCAGCGGAUGGAUGGCCGUCGGUGUUGUCUUCAUUUCUGGUUUCUCCCUGAUGGGCUUCACAGGCAAGAUUAUCUAUGACAACGCUCCGCCCAUUCCAACCUUUCGGCUGGAGGGUGAUCAUGGGGCGGUUCUGUGGACAAGCGAGGACGUGCUGGAGGGACAGCAGAUCUGGCAGUCCAUUGGUGGCCAACAGAUGGGCUCUGUCUGGGGCCAUGGGGCCUUGCAGGCUCCAGAUUGGUCAGCGGACUGGCUGCACCGCGAGGCAGUGAUGACCCUGGAGCUGAUGGGAUCGGACAAAGCGAGCUACAUCAAGCAUGUGCGCAAGAACACCUACGACCCCGAGACCAACGAGGUUCGCAUUGGUCAUGAAAGGGCCAAGGUGCUGCGCAGGCUCACGCGCUUCUACGUGGCGCUCUUCACCGGGGCCUCGGAAUCCCCGGAGGUGGAGGAUCUCCCAAAGCUGCGGAAGUUGUUCCAGGUGAAGGACGUGGCUUUGUACAGCAAGGAGAAGGCCGAAAAGAUGGCUGGCUUCGUCUUCUGGUCUUCUUGGGCCUGCGUCACGGAGCGCCCCGGUGAGAGCCACACCUACACCAACAACUGGCCACAGGAGCGCCUGGUGGGCAACACCGUCUCGCCCGAGGUGAUCGUCUGGUCCUUGGCCUCCCUGGCUCUCCUGGUCUUCGGCAUUGGGGCCCUGGCCUGGGUGCGCUCGGUGCACCACAGCGAGCAGGGGCAGCUGCCAGCUCCCCUGGAGGACCCUUUGAAGGACUUCGUGGUGACGCCCUCCAUGGCUUCCAUGGUGAAAUGGGUUUACAUCGUCUUCUUCUUGAGCGGCUUCCAAAUCUGCCUCGGGGUGUACACGAUCCACCUGACAAUUGAGGGCAACAUGGGCUACCCCAACUGGCUGACGCAGCACAUCACCUACACUGUUGCGCGCACCUGGCACACGCAGUCUGCAGUCUUCGCGAUUGCCACCAGCUUCCUUGCAGCAGGCUUGUUCCUGGCGCCGGCCAUUGGUGGCCGAAAGGAGGAUCCUCCGCUGCAGAAGCCUCUCUGCAAUUUCCUCUUCUUGUGCUUGCUCGUGAUCGUCGGGGGCUCUAUGGCAGGGCAGGUGGCGGCCAUCACCCAGAGUUUCGAAAGCCUCCUUAUGAGCCAGUGGUUCGGCCAUCAGGGCUACGAGUACGUGGAGCUGGGGCGUUUUUACCAAUACUUCCUGCUGGUGGGCUUGCUUUUGUGGUUGCUGCUUAUGGUGAACGCAAUCCAUCCGGCUCUGCGUGUCUCCAGCUUCUCCUCCCAAGAUGCCCGAGGAAAGUGGCACCUCGUUGUCACCAUCACUUGCGCAGCCGUGCUCAUCUCCUUCUUUUGGGCCUCGGGCUUGAUGUACAACGCGAAGUCCAACUUGGCGGUCAUGGACUACUGGCGCUUUUGGAUCGUCCACAUGUGGGUCGAGGGCAUCUUCGAGGUCUUCAUCACCGUCGUGGUGGCCCAGGUCUUCGUGAUGCUCGGCGUCUUGGACCCCUCGGCCGCCGCCGGGGUCACGCUCUUCACCAGCGGCACCUUCCUCUUCGGAGGCAUCCCGGGCAUGUACCACCACAACUACUUCGCGGGCACCCCGUCCAUGAUCAUGGCCGUUGGCGCCUGCUUCUCCUGCCUGGAGGUCUGCCCUCUGGCGCUCAUGGGCAUGGAGGCCAGUGAGUACAUCGCCCUGGAGAAGGCCGCCAAGAAGCCCGAAAGCUCGUGGCUCAUGAAAUAUAAGCCCAUCAUCGACUGCUUCAUCUAUGUGGCCUUCUGGAACUUGGUGGGUGCGGGCUUCCUGGGCUUCAUCAUCAACCCUCCGAUCUCACAGUACUACAUGAUCGGCGGAUACCUCACUCUUUCCCAUAGCCACGGUGCGCUCUGGGGCGUCUAUGGCGUUCUGGCAAUAGCCCUUAGCUUGCUUGUUCUGCGCCUGUCGGACAUCAAAGCCCAGUGGGACACCAGGUGGCUGGAUCGCGGCCUGAAGUUCAUGAACGUGGGCAUGAUGCUUCAGAUCUUCUUGUCCAUCUUCCCCGUUGGCAUCUAUCAGUUCUGGCUCUCCGUGAACAACGACCGACGCCCAUAG